AACGCCCCCACUUCCCCACCUGCCGGCACCGCGCUCCCCCCUCCGGCAGCGGGGCCGCCCGCGGGCUGGCAGCAACCUGUUGGACCCGAGGGCGGGAGGAGGAGGAGGAGGAGGAGGAAGAAGAGGAGGAGGAGGAGGAGGAGGCGACCCCCGGGCUCGGUUGGGCGGCCAGCCCCGCUGCCAAAGGCGGAGCAGCGGCAGGCCCCGGCCGCCUCCCUGCCUCCCCCCCCCGUGGCCGGCAGCGGGGCCCGGCGGGCAGCGCGGGGCUGGGGCGCUCGCACAAGAUGGCGGUGGGGCGGCGGGACGGCGCGCUCCCCUCGUAGAUGCGGCCGCGGCGGCCCCUGCUCCCGGCGCCCGGCGGGGCUUACAUGGCGCUGGAGGACCUGCUUUGUCUCUGCUUCGCCGUCCUGGCCGUGCAAGGGAGGCUGCUGGAAGGGGAUUCUCUGGAGCUGAGCUGUAGUGCUGGUCCUGCAAAGGUGAUACUGGAGCCGAACCAAGCCGUGGUUUUGGACUGUAACCUGGCCCCCGUUGAGCAGGUGAUCAAUAUCACGUGGAAGAAGAAUGGCUUUCCAUUAGUGGAGCAGGAACAUCUGCACGUGCUUCCGAAUGGAUCACUCUUCAUCUCGUCCCAGGCUGUGGCAAAGGACAGCAAAUAUCCCGAGAGGGCUGGCGCUGAGGGUAAUUACUCCUGCGUGUCUCACAGCUCCCUAGGGGCUGUCACCAGUCAAACAGCUGCUGUCAGAUUUUCAACCUUAUCCCGCUUUUUCCAACAGCCGGAGUCGCAGACAGUGGAAGAAAAUGGCAUGGCUCGGUUCGAGUGUCGGAUCGAAGGGCUGCCCUCCCCUGUCAUCACGUGGGAGAAGGAUCACGUAGCCGUUCCACAGGAACCUAGGUUUAUAACUCUUCCAAACGGUGUCCUCCAAAUCGUGGACGUGCAGGAGAGCGAUGCUGGGGCUUACCACUGCGUGGCGAGCAACGCUGCCCGGAAGCGCUACAGCAACGACGCGGUCCUCAGAGUCCUGAAAGGUUCCCAGCCAGCAGGAGGAGAUGUCACCAUCAUUGCUGCUCCAGAGAACACCACGGUGGUGGCGGGGGAAAGCGUGGUGAUGGAGUGCAUGGCAGCCGCCGAUCCCACCCCCUUCGUCUCCUGGAUACGACAGGAUGGAAAGCCCGUUUCCACAGAUGUGAUCGUGCUGGGUCGGACAAACCUCCUCAUUCCUUCCAGCCAGCCCCAUCACUCUGGAGUGUACGUCUGCCGUGCUAACAAACCCCAGACCAGGCAAUUCGUUACAGCCGCAGCUGAGCUCCGCGUCCUUGCUACGCCCAGCAUCUCCCAGGCUCCUGAAACCAUCUCACGCACCCGAGCCAGCACGGCUCGGUUUGUCUGCAAGGCGGAGGGUGAGCCAGCCCCCACCAUUCACUGGCUGAAGAACGGCGAGGCCAUCCUCUCCAACGGGCGGGUGAAGAUCCAGAGCAGCGGCAGCCUUGUCAUCAACCAGAUCGGGCUGGAGGAUGCCGGCUACUAUCAGUGUGUGGCUGAGAACAGCCUGGGCAUGGCCUGUGCCACUGCCAAGCUCUCCGUGAUUGUGCGGGAGGGCUUGCCCAGCGCUCCCAAGAAGGUCUCAGCCGUGUCUCUCUCCAGCACCACAGUCUUAGUGUCCUGGGAGCGGCCAGAGUACAACAGCGAGCAGAUCAUUGGCUUCUCGUUGCAUUACCAGCGGGCGGUGGGAACAGAUAAUGUGGAGUACCAGUUUGCUGUCAAUAAUGAUACCACUGAACUGCAAGUCAAGGACCUAGAACCCAACACCAACUAUGUCUUCUACGUGGUCGCGUAUUCCCAGCUCGGAGCCAGCCGGACAUCCUCUUCCAUAAUUGUUCAGACCCUGGAGGACGUUCCUAGUGCUGCCCCUCAGCUGUCCCUGUCAAGCAUGACUCCUGGUGACAUCCGUGUGACGUGGCUGCCUCCUCCUCCGGAGCUGAGUAACGGCAAGAUAACCAAGUACAAGAUUGACUACUGCACCCUCAAGGAAGCAGAUCAGGUUACCUCCAUUGAGGUGGGUGGAAACGAAACACAGAUCACUCUCUACUCGCUGCAUCCCAACAAAGUGUACAAAGUACGCAUCGCGGCCAGCACCAGCAUGGGCUAUGGGGCCCCGUCUGAGUGGACCCAGCACCGGACUCCUGACAGGGACAACCAAACGCACGUUCCAUUUGCCCCAACGGAAUUAAAAGUCCGAGCGAAGAUGGAAUCUCUCCUGCUAACGUGGCAACCCCCAGCCAACCAUGCCCAGAUAUCAGGCUACAAGCUGUACUACCGCGAGGUGAGCCAAGAGGAGGCCAGCGAUGAAAGUCCCCUGGAUGGUGCUGAAGAUGAGAGCUGGGACGUAGGGCCCAUAAAGCUAAAGAAGAAAGUGAAGCAGUAUGAACUGACUCGACUAGCUCCUGGGAAGCUCUACGAGGUGAAGCUGGUGGCAUUCAAUAAGCACGAAGACGGUUAUGCGGCCGUUUGGAAGGGCAAAACCGAAAAGGCACCUGCAGCAGCAGUAGAUCCCCCGGUGCAGAAGGGUCCUCCGCUGCCUCCAGUCCAAGUCUAUGCAGAGUCCAACAGCUCAACGUCCAUAUGGCUCAGGUGGAAGAAACCUGACUUCACCACGGUCAAGAUUGUCAACUACACUGUGCGCUUCAGCCCUUGGGGCCUGAAAAACGCCUCUCUUGUUACAUACUACACAAGCUCGGAUGAAGACAUCCUCAUCAGUGGGCUGAAGCCCUACACCAGGUAUGAGUUUGCUGUGCAGUCCAAUGGCGUUGGUAUCGAUGGGCCCUUUGGCAGCGUGGUGGAGCGGUUCACCCUUCCCGACCGUCCCUCGACUCCUCCGUCUGACCUGCGGCUGCACCCACUCAACCCCUACGCUGUGCAGGUGCACUGGUGCCCUCCUGCCGAGCCCAAUGGCAUCAUCGUGGAGUACCUCAUCCUGUACAACGCCAACAACACGCAGCCUGACGACAUGUGGACCUUGCUGACACGAGAAGGAAAUAUCUUCAGCACUGAAGUGCACGGACUGGAAAGUGAUACCAGAUACUUCUUCAAGAUGGGAGCAAAGACAGUGGUGGGGUCUGGUCCCUAUUCAAAUGUUAAGGAUGUGCACACGCUGCGGGAGAAAUUGUCUGAUGUUCUGGACAUCCACUCUGUCACGGGAAUCAUUGUGGGAGUCUGCCUGGGGCUGCUCUGCAUACUCUUCUGCAUGUGCGCCAGCUUUCGCAACAGCAAGCAGAGGGAGGCCCUGCCAGGCCUGGAUUCCCAGGCAGCCGGCAACCACGCUUACUACCACCGGGGCAGGCAAGGGGUGGCAGCUCCUAGUGCCACCUCAGACGCGCACGAACUGGAGUCCCUCAUGUCCCCGCUGCCGGAGGAUGCACCUGUGCCCCUGGGAGACAUCACAGAACUGACAGAAGUGCACAGCCUCAUCCACACGAGCCUCCCUGAGGACAUCGUUCAUGGGAAGAGGAAGUCUUCAUGGAAUAAAUCGGCUAACCAGCCCUGGACAAACAGCAUAGCCAGAUAUGGGGACGCUAUCACAAAAGAGCCUCUCUCUGCUGUGAACGGAUCACUGAAGCUCCCUUCCAGCGCAGGACAAAAGCUUUUGUUACAAGCUCUGGUUUACGAUGCCGUGUUGAAUGAAGCAAAGAAAAGCCACCCCCUAGCCAGCCUCCACCAAGUGGAAGCAGAGGUCAUCGUCCAUUCUGAUUUUUCAGCCUCUGACAGAGACUACAACUCCCAGCUGCACGCCCUGGACACCGAAGAGACAGAAAGUGAGGAGCAGGAGCCUGAAGAGUUGCCCUCUGGCGAGCUGGCUCUCCCCGGCUCUCCCAGCGCCCGGCAGGAUGCUGGCCAAGCGUUGGAUGGCUGCAGGGGCAGUUCUGAGGUUCAGACCCAGGAGGAGCCGUUACACACCACCAGAGAGACUCCCAAAACUGAGGCCGUUUGCAUCCCUGGGCUCACCAAUGGCUUCCACAGGCACGGGGAAAGUCUGGAUUCAGUGGAAAGCGGAGAUUCGGACUCCAUCCAGGAACGCAGGGGGGACGUGCAGCCAGUCAAGUGCCAAUCGCUUUCCGUGGCCCUGGAGGAGGCCCCCCUGUGUAGUAACUCUGGUUUAACCAGUUCAUCCUCAGCAUCUGAGAACAUGGCAUGUGUCCACAAUCACUGAAGAGUAAACUAAUCUGAUUUUGAUCAUGGGAGAGCUAGAAGCACUACGAAGGGCCUGUCCCUGUGACGUACUGCAUGCCCAAGACUCGCUGGAUCCAGCAGGAGCUAAGAAGUUGCAGCAUCUCACCGGGACAGGGUUAGGACCUGUCAGCUGUACAUAUCGCCUUCAAGAAACCGGUAGGUAGACGGAUAAGGGCCCAGCUUUCUUCCUGCUGAAGCUAGUGAGUAACUCGGUGUUCGUGGGAGCAGGACUGAGCCGUCUCCAAAGUCUGACCCAGCACCACGGCUAGGACAGAGCCUGCUGCACUGGGCCGGUGCGGUCACCUCGCUGCGGUCCUCGAGGCGCCCAGCAAGGCUCCUUCUGAUGCUGGCAAGAGGCAGGGUGCACCGGGCGAUUCUCCUCCACCGUCUGUUCGCCAGGGAGGGCCUCGGCACUACCUUCUGCCUCGUGGUGUUGGGAUGAAUUCUGUUCAGAGUCCCACAAGGGGGUGGAACCAACACAAACAAAUGCAGUGAGCUGUAACCACCAGCCUUUUCUGCCCUCCCGUGGUUAAAAGGAUUAUAAGGCUCUCUUUGUACGCUACCACAGUAACUAUUGCUAGCAGGCUGAUGUAGUGGCCUUUUAUUACACACUCUACGAGUGCCUCUAACAACUUGUACUAUAUAGAACCUUCUUCAGUGUCUGGGUCAUUUCACCAGCCCGGACUUUGUUUUACAUAGGUUCUUGUACCUAAUAUUUUAGGUACACAUCUGUCCUUUUAAUGUACAACAUGUAUUUUUAUUUCCUUGGAGCAUCUUUAUAUUAUUUAAUUUUAUAAAGUGGAGUAGUGUGUGGUAUAGAGUAGCAUUUUUACUACUUCUCUCUUUCUUUUUUUUCCUCCCUAACAACACAACUACCUCAUGUCUGUUGGAGAAAAAAAAGCAGUAAAUCUACUCUUUUGUUAUAGUCCAUUAUAGGUUUUAACUUAUUCUUAUACUGCCUUUUUCUAAAGAAUAUGUUUGCACUGGUUGUUGACUAUUUUUUAUUGAAUAGCGCUGCAGAGCUGAUGUCUAUCUUGGUUUGUUUCUAAGUAUUGCUGGAGGACACGUUCCCUGCAGCUGGAGAGUUGGGUUGUGCGCUCUGUAGGACUGUGUUUUGCAGGAGCUGGCCAGAGGAGGCUGCUUCAGCUGGUGGGAUGGUGGUCAGCCUUUCUUUGGAAGUUUGCACUAGCAAAGAUGAAAAAACAACAAUUAGAAAAUCAACCCGUGAUCUAGGGGAAAAAGAAUCAACAAUUGCAAAAGUAAACUGUGAUCUUGGGGACAUGUCUUUUUGUGCCCAAGUGGAGACACCUCAGCUGUUUCCGAUUUUCAGAGAGCAGCUCUCAGCCUCCUGUAAGCUGUAGACCUGCUGAAGGCUUUGGAUGAACAGGUGAUAAUUUCUAGUCACUUCUGAGAGUCCUGGCCAAAGUACUUUUUAAGACCAGAACAAAAUUAAAAUCAAGUCCUCAAGUCCUUGUGCUGACACUGGUAGGUCUAGGUUUAUUAGAGAUAACAUUUGAAAAUCAUCCUUUGACCUUUCCUUGUUGACACCGUUGGCUUGCUGCUGACAUGUCUCUCAGCCUGGCCUCCUGGUGGUGGGUGAACUUCUGUCUGUCCUUUAGCCUGUCUCUGCCCUGUUCCAGGUUCAUGGAUUUUGGCUGUGGACACUGCAGAUGGACUCCUCGGGGGUGAUAAGGAUCGUUAAUUUUGCUCAUGGGGUGUUUGGUAAAUGUUCUGCCUUCCUGAGGAUUCAGAGAUCUGGCUGUUUGUUAAAAGACAAAAUGAGGGUAAAGAUUCCCAGCUGGUGUUGCUCCAGCUGGUGUUUGGUGUCUUGAGGAGUCUCAGAAACGCUGUUCCAGGAUCAGAGGCACCAUGACUGAAAGGCGGUGUGUGGCACGGAGACUGGAGAGCAGUGCCAGCGAGCAGGCUAGGCAGGAGGUAGUGCACGGAGCUGGAAAGCCAAGAAAUGGUAACUGGGCAGAGGAAGUGCAUAAUUAACCUCCAGAACUCACUGCCGCAAGACUUUGAGACUAACGACUUAGCAGGGCUGGAGAUAAGGCAGUGAAGUGUUAUUGCAGGCAAUAAGGGCAAUUCACAGUUAUUUGGGAGCGGGUGCAAUUGCAGAGGUAAAACCCUCAGCUGGGCAGUAUCAGGCACCAGCUGCGGAGGGCGGGGGGAGAUACUGGACCUGAGUUGCUGUUAGUUUUAUGGAAGAGCCCUUGUCCUUCCCUGGUGACAGAGCAGACCCUGUACAAGCCACAUUGCUAGCUGUGAUGUGCAGAAAGGGAGAAGGACC